AUGUUGCACCCAAAGAACACGGAAGUUUACUUCACACUGAAUAACGGCGUGCGGAUGCCCGCUAUCGGGCUCGGCACUGCCAACGUGGUGGAGCAGAUCCCACAGACAAAGCAGGCGGUCAAGGCGGCGAUCAAGUCCGGGUACAGACACAUCGACACGGCGUGGGCGUACCAGUGCGAGGACCGCGUGGGCGAGGCGCUCAAGGAGCUGUUCGAGGAGGGCGUCGUCAAGCGUGAGGACAUCUUCGUGACGACCAAGGUGUGGCCCACCAACUGGGACCGCGUGGACGAGUCGAUCUCGCGGUCGCUGGAGAACCUGGGACUCGACCACGUGGACCUGGUGCUGCAGCACUGGCCGCUGUGCUUCAACCGGCUUGAAGACCCCGACGGGAUCGACGGCGUGCGCCGCAACCCCUACCACGAGGACGGGUCGCCCCACUACAACGAGAAGGGCGACUACCUGGAGACGUUCAAGACGCUGGAAAAGCUGUACCUGGCCAAGGACCCCCGCUUCCGCGCGAUCGGCGUGUCGAACUACCCCGUGGAGUACCUGGAGAGGCUGCUGAAGGAGUGCCAGGUCGUGCCCGCGAUCAAUCAGGUCGAGUGCCACCCCCACCUGCCCCAGAUGGAGCUGCGCGACUUCUGCACCAAGCACAACAUCCGCCUGGAGGCGUACUCGCCGCUGGGCGCCACCAACGCGCCUCUGAUCGACAACGAGCUCGUCAAGAAGAUCGCCGGCAAGUACGCGUGCAGCACUCAGAAUGUGCUCAUCGCGUACCAUAUGAGACAGGGCGUGGUCUCCGUGCCUCGCUCCGUGAACCCCAAGCACAUCGCCUCCAACGUGCAGUUCGUGGCGCUGUCGAAGGAGGACAUUGACACGCUAAACAAGUUCGGUGUGGAGAACACCAAGCGCAUAGUCGAUGAGCCGUUCGCCGCAGCCAUCCCAGGCUUCCGCGAGAACAAAUAA